AUGUCGAACCAGACCCCUGAAUCCUGGGAGGAUGAGCUUUCCCGACAAGCAGAGGGUGUCAACCUGAAUGGACAGGGCCGCCCUCAGGCUCAAGCACCCACCUUUCAACCAGGCGUAGCCAGCUUCCAGCCUGGUGCGAACUCUUUCGUUCCUGGUGCCGCCUCCUUUGUUCCUGGUCAGGCUUACCAGCAGUACGGUGGUGGAUAUGGCUAUGGUCAAUACGGUCAGCAGCCGCAGCAGCAGCAGCAGCAGCAAGCCUACGGAUACCCCCAGCAGCAACAGCAAGCCUUUGGCCAGUACGGCGCAUAUGCCCAGCAGCCCGGUGGCUACAACCAGUACUACAACCAGCAGCCCCGCCAGAACGUCCCUCAGCAAACUCCCGCCGCCGCCGCUCCUGCCGCUCCCUCCCCCAAGCCCGCCGCAAACGCUUCCGCUGCCCCUCCCAAGGCCAAGGUCCUCUCAAUUGGCGCAACUUCUUCGGCCGCUGCCCCCAAGACCAAGGUUCUCUCCAUCGGCACUCCCACCCCUGCCCCUCAGGCUGCUAAGUCUGAGACUGUGAACAAGGGAGAUUCUAAGGGCACUGCCGCCGCCGAGGCCGGUGCCAAGGUGACCGCCAGCAAGGCUAUUGAGAAGACCGAGAAGAAGGCCGACCAAAAGGCUGCUGCUUCCGGCAAGGCCUCCCCCGCGCCAUCCUCUGGACGUUCCAGCCCUGGUCGCUCUAGCCCUGCCCGUGGUGUUGAAGCGGCCAAGCAAGCCCGUGCGGCCGAUGCUGUUGCCAAGCAGCAACUUGCCGAUGUUGAUGAGGCUACAUUGAAGGAGAUUUACGGUGAGCGACGUGAGCACGUUAACGUUGUGUUCAUUGGUCACGUCGAUGCUGGAAAGUCUACUCUGGGUGGUUCUCUUCUAUACUGCACUGGAAUGGUGGAUGACCGAACAAUGGAUAAGUACAAGCGAGAGGCCAAGGAGGCCGGUCGUGAGACUUGGUACCUGUCAUGGGCCUUGGAUCUGACCAACGAGGAGCGUGCAAAGGGUAAGACCGUUGAAGUCGGUCGUGCAUUCUUCACGGUUCAGGUUCCCUCACCAGAGGGCCCCAUUGAGCGACAAUUCUCUAUCUUGGAUGCCCCUGGCCACAAGUCUUACGUUCCUCACAUGAUCGGUGGUGCUUCCCAGGCCGAUCUGGGUGUUCUUGUUAUUUCCGCACGAAAGGGUGAGUAUGAGACCGGUUUCGAGAAGGGUGGUCAGACCCGCGAGCACGCCCUGCUUGCUCGCAACACUGGAGUUCAAAAGCUGUGCCUGGUUGUCAACAAGAUGGAUGACCCCACUGUGGAAUGGAGCAAGGAGCGUUUCGAUGAAUGUACUGUCAAGGUCACUAAGUUCCUCGAGGCCCUUGGUUACAAGAAGAGCGACAUUUUCUGUAUGCCCAUCUCUGCCCAGCGUACCAUCGGUAUUAAGGACCGGGUUUCCAAGGAAAUUUGCCCAUGGUAUGAUGGACCCUCCCUUCUUGAGUUCUUGACCGACUUCGAACUUCCUGAGCGUAAGGUCAACGCUCCUUUCAUGAUGCCCGUCACUGCCAAGUACCGUGACAUGGGUACCAUGGCUGAAGGCCGAAUUGAGUCUGGAGUUAUCAAGAAGAACGGCACCUACCUGAUGAUGCCCAACAAGACCGAGGUCUCAAUUGCAGCUCUGUACGGUGAAACCGAAGACGAGCUUCAAACCGCCAAGGUCGGUGACCAGGUUCGUCUCCGUCUGCGUGGUGUGGAAGAGGAUGACUUCUUCCCCGGAUUCGUUCUUUGCUCCCCGAAGCGUCCUGUGCACUGUGUGUCUGCUUUUGAGGCCAAGAUUCGCAUUUUGGACCUGAAGAGCAUUCUUACUGCCGGUUUCAACUGUGUCCUUCACGUGCACUCUGCUGUCGAGGAAGUCACCUUCGCUGCCCUUCUGCACAAGCUUGAGCCUGGUACCGGCCGUAAGAGCAAGCGUCCCCCUCCUUUCGUCAGCAAGGGCCAGACCGUCAUUGCCCGUCUCGAGGUUACCAGCACUGCUGGCGCCGUCUGUGUGGAGGAAUUCGCCGAAUACCAACAGCUGGGCCGCUUCACUCUUCGUGACCAGGGACAAACCAUUGCCAUUGGUAUGGUUACUAAGCUCAUUCACUCCACCGAAGAGUAA